UGCGGUUGAGAUCGGUUGGCCACCCCCGGGACGGUGCGUCGGUGUGCGUGUGUGUGAAUCGUGUAACGGGAGGAGAUCAGCUGAUUUGUUUGGGGGUUUCGCGUGGCAGUGCUGUUUGUAAACAAACCGUAGUACUACAAACUUGGGUGGAUUUUGAACCUUUUCGCUCCAGAAGUGAACAUGGCUGAUAAGGGAUUGGCAAAGCGCUUAUCGCUUUCAUCGUCGGCCAAAAGUCGCGGCAUGGGACUGCCGUCCAGUGCAGGGCUGGUUGGCCUCGGGGCAGGACCUUCUUCGUCCGGGGUACCAUCCGGAUCGAAACUGCCAAAGACUGCAGCGGCGGCGGUCGCUGGAGCACACGCGGGAGUCCCGUCGCCUGGAUCUCCCGGGGAAGUCCCGCUGGUGCCGUACAUCAAGACGUUGGACAACGGAAAGGUUCUUCCGAAGUACACUGCGGCCCUCUCAAGUACGGAUGACUUGGUCCCAGCGGAAGACCUGGACAUGAUUCAGCUUGAACUGGAGCUGCUCCUUUCAACCGUUGCGCUCCGUUAUCGAGUCCUGAAAAGCGAAAUGGAAACCAUCGACAAGGCGGACGAACGUCGUGAGCGUAAGGGAAAGUUUAUCGACAAGGCCCCGGCCUCCCCCGGCAAAAAGAAGCGCAUCGACGAGAAGCAAAAGCUGCGCGAAAGUGCCGGCAAGCUGUUCGGCCACCACAUGAAGCACAUGAAAAUGAAGAACAUGUCCUCGCUGAUCCCGCCCUCGCCGGCUCCCUCCCAGAACACGGACGACAGUUCGGAUGCGGUGCCGUUCCUGCCCGCCAAUCACCACAUUCAGCACGUGCUCAACGCGGACAACAGCAAACUGAUGCUGCCGAAGAACGACACGCCGAACAAAUUCUGGAUGUCGGUGGAGCCGUACUGUAUGUCGAUUACGCACGAAGAUCUUAAGCUGCUGGAUGAUCUGCUGGAGGAGUAUUCCGGGCCGUUGAUUCCGCCGAUUCCGGAGCUGGGACCGCACUACAGUACGCAGUGGGCGGCUGACGAUAUCAAGGAGGAGCAGGACAACUCGAAGAAGAGCAAGGGACUGACCAACGGGGACGUUGGCAAGAAGGAGAAGGUCAUGGGCGAAGGCGUCACCGGUCCGCUCACGCAACGGCUGGUGUCCGCCCUGAUGGAGGAGAACCUGCUGCCGGACUGCAACAGCACCAGCAACGAGAACAGCAACAGCAGCUCGGACGUGGCGCACAACAACUCGCGGUCGGCCGUUUCGCUGCUCAAGAACGGCAUCAGCAUUGAGCGGCGGCUGCGCAAGGAACUGAUCGAGCAGGGCAUCCUGGACGAUGACGACAUGCCCAAGAGUCAGCAGGACGACGAGAUUCUGUCGGAGAUAAAUCGGGUGCGCACGGAGAUUGCCGUCAUUGCGGAGUACAACUCGAACGAAAUCAGGAAGCUGCAAUCGAUGGCCGUGGACGAGAUGAAGCGGAUCGAGGUGAAGCGGAAGCUGGACCGGGUUGAUCAGGAGAUCAUUGAAAACUUCAAGAAGAUUACGGCGGCCAGACUGAAGCGGCGUCCGCUGACGAAGCAGGAACGGGACGAAGCGUACCGUUUGGUGGAGGAGCAAAAGCGGCUGUCGGAUCAGCUGGAACGGAUGCCGGUUCACGGGCCGUUCACUAGCGCUUAGAAGAUUGCGAGUCGCGCGCAUUUACAUAAGAAACUUUCACGUUUAUCAGGAUAAGUGUUUUAUGAAAUUUGUCAUAUGAGAAAGAGGAGAACCAACGAGGUUUACGAAGCAAGGUGGCAUUCAUUAUCGGUCGGGAAUUAAACAAAGCCGUGUAUUGUCCGUUUAGUAUCGAAAUAUAAUACAUUUUAAUCCGUGGCUCAA